UCGCAUUCAAGGUUCUCAUAAAAUCACGAUAUUAUGUUUAGCACUUACAAAAGUAACGUAGAACAAUUUAAUACAACUAAUAUCUUAUCAAACUUGUUCACAACAAUAUGAAUUUCCUUUCGAUAAACAAAUUGGUGACUUCCCCACUCUGAAUUUUGUGUGUUAGUGUUACAUCAGUUAUGGACAAAAAUGUAGAAGGUACAGCCCUACAAAAUGAGUCCAUAUUAUUAUAUGGCAGUUGUGGUAAAUGUGACGAAACCGACGCGAAAAAAAGUGAUAUUUUGACUACGACAAUUGGUAGUUUCGGAAAAUGGCAGUUCAGGAUAGUAGUGUUGAUGUCCCUACUGAAGAUACCAAUUGCUUGGGUGCAGUUGGGAAUCGUGUUCAUAGCACCUACUACCACUGAAUUUUGGUGUAAACCUCCAAAGCAAUUCAUGAAUUUAUCUAAGAGUGAAUGGAAGUCUAUGAUAUCCGUCAAUGACGAUCUUCUUAAUAUCACGAAAAUUAGCAGCUCAUGUUUCAUGAAGAAUGUUGUAGAACCAAAUUCUGAUAAUUUGAUUAUUCCUUGCAAAUGGGGUUACGAGUACAAUCGUACGGAAAUGUCUUCAUCGAUAAUAUCGGAAUGGGACCUUGUAUGCGAUAAAAGCUUUUUGGUUGAAAUUCUCCAGAUGUGUGUCAUGCUUGCCAUACUUCUAGGUAUGCCAAUCUUUGGACCGGCUGCAGAUAAAUUCGGACGUAAAAUUGUUCUAAUGACUUCUAUUUGGUUACAAACACUCUUCGGAUUGGCAUCAACACUUUCACCGUGGUUUCCCGGAUUUUUCAUUUUCAGGUUUCUCUCGUCCCUAUCUACCAGCGGUAUAAUGAUCGUCAGUUUUGUAAUGUGCAUCGAGGUGUCAAGCAACGCUUCCAGAUCGACAAUUAUUGUCCUCCACGGAAUACCGUUUGGAUUAGGUUUUAGUUUAAUGGGACUAUUGGCUUAUUUCAUUAGAGAUUGGAGGGUAUUGCUGAUAGUCCAAUACGUUUGCUGCGCAUUGUACUGCUGUUAUUAUUGGUUUGUACCAGAAUCGCCUCGAUGGUUACUGGCAGUUGAUAGGAAAGAGGAAGCUGUCGAAAUAUUAGAGCAUGCUGCAACGGUUAAUAGAAAAGACGUAUCGGCGAUUAAGAAAACGAUUGAUGCUUAUCACUACGUCGAUCCAGAGAAACAUAUGAUUCUAAAGGCAUUAAAAGUAUAUCCAAAGUUUAGAGGACGGACGUUGAUUUUAUCAUUGAAUUGGCUAGCAAUUGGAUGUCUCUACUUUGGCCUUUAUCAGCUCGCUGGAACGCUUAGUGAAAAUAUCUACGUAUCUGUGUGUAUCACGGGAUUGAUAUCCAUACCCAGCAAUUUAAUCGCCGUGUACAUAGUACGGGGAUGCGGUCGAAAGUUGGCCAUGGCGUUGUCAUCUUUAUUCACGGGCGUAUGCAUAUUUGCAUCUAUGGCGACAGUGUAUAGUAAUUCCUUCUGGGCCUCAGUUUCCUUUUUUGGAUGCGCUAUGUUUGGACUAAUUAUACUCUAUUCGGUUGUGCAUCUCUUUACAGGAGAAUUAUAUCCAACAACUCUAAGAAACAGUGCAUCAGGAUUGAACAUGAUGUUCGCCAAAGUAGGAGGAAUGGUGUCGCCGUUUAUUAUUGGUACCGGUGCAAUAUUCUGGUACGUUCCAUUUGUUACAUUUGGAACAGUGGCGAUGCUAAUGCCCUUACUGUUAAUUCCAUUGCCGGAAACUAAGAAUAUGGAACUGCCGGAGUUAGCGAAUGAUAUAGAAAAGCACGGUACAUAAAUAUACCUAAUGCUAUGGAGA